UAGGAUUGAUUGGAAAUACCCUUGCAAUCUUCUUUUGCAUCUCCUCUUUCUUUAUACUAAAUUACUAAGAAGAGGGGAUCUAUUCUAUACACAUUUUUAGGGUGAAUUGAAUUAUCUGUCUCGGUAAAAUGAGACAUGUAACAAUUUUAUCUUUUCUCCUCGGAAUUCUAGCCUUUUCAAGUAUUUUUGGAAUUCAAGCUGAAAGUCCUUACAGAUAUUAUGAUUGGGAGAUAACAUAUGGAACAAUAUCUCCUCUUGGAGUUCCUCAAAAGGGUAUUCUAAUAAAUGGGCAAUUCCCCGGUCCAACGAUCAACUGCGACACAAAUGAUAAUGUGAUUAUCACAAUUUAUAACAGAUUGGACGAGCCAUUCCUCAUGACAUGGAAUGGAGUUUGGCAAAGAAAGAUGUCUUGGCAAGAUGGGGUACUUGGCACCAAUUGUCCUAUUCCUCCAAACUCAAACUGGACCUACACGAUGCAAAGCAAGGAUCAGAUUGGUACUUAUAUGUACUUCCCUUCCACAGCCAUGCAUCGAGUUGCCGGAGGUUUUGGUGCAUUCAACAUUCAUCGGAGACCUGUCAUUUCCCUCCCUUACCCCGAGCCAGCGGGUGAAUACAACCUCCUCGUUGGAGAUUGGUACAACAUGGACCACAAGGUUCUCCAAGAAAGGUUAGACAAAGGAUUUGAUAUGCCUACGCCUGAUGGUCUUCUUAUCAACGGUCAUCCAAAUAACACAGUAUUGACCGGUGAAGAAGGGAAAACUUACUUGAUACGAGUUGCAAACGUUGGGAUAAUGGAAUCCAUCAACAUCAGGAUUCAAGGACAUGUAAUGAAGUUGGUUGAGGUGGAAGGUUCUCAUGUCCUUCAAGAAAUUUACGAAUCACUUGAUGUUCAUCCAGGCCAAUCUCUAGCUUUCUUGGUAACACUCUAUGGCUCAGUCAAGGACUACUACAUUGUCGCGUCAACUCGUUUUGCAAGGACAUCUAUAGAGGCCACUGCACUUCUUCGUUACAAUGGUUCAAACACCGAUGCUUCUCUUCCUUUACCAAUUGGCCCAACUUAUCAUGUUCAUUGGUCCAUGAAACAAGCUAGAACUUUCAGAUGGAAUUUGACAGCUAAUGCAGCAAGGCCGAACCCUCAAGGAUCAUACCGGUAUGGAGGAAUUGAGAUCACUAAGACAUUAAUUUUGGGCAAUUCAGUAGAUCAGAUCGAUGGCAAAAUGCGUUAUGGAGUAAACAAUGUUUCGUAUGUCAAUCCAGAAACACCACUAAAACUUGCUGAUUAUUACAACAUUUCUGGUAUUUUCAACCUUAACACAAGUAGGAAAGAACCAGCAGCAGGACCAAUGUCGUAUGGAACUACAGUUUUUGGCAUGGAUGUUCAUGAUUAUAUAGAAAUCAUCUUCCAAAACAACGAGGCCACUACCCAAUCUUGGCAUCUUGAUGGUCAUAACUUCUUUGUAGUCGCAUUUGGUGCAAAUGAAUGGAGUCCAGAUAUGAGGAGAAAAUACAAUUUGGUGGAUGCUGUAUGGAGGAGCACUGUCCAGGUAUAUCGAGAUUCAUGGACAGCGGUAUUAGUAUCUCUAGAUAACAAAGGAAUGUGGAAUUUGAGGUCAGCAAUCUGGCAUAGGCAAUAUUUGGGGCAACAAGUUUAUCUCAGGGCAUGGAACAAUGAACCCAGCCUUAGAACAGAGAGUGACAUCCCUACAAAUGCUCUCAAGUGUGGAAAGGCUGCUAAAUUAUAGAUGUAGUUUUCUUGUACUCAUUUGAUUUUUUUUUUCUUUUUAAAUUUAAAUUGUGGGGGUAUUUAAUUUCCCAAAAGAAAAAUCAGUUACGAGGGUGUGACUGUCUUAACAUAGAGGGAAGAAAAUUUAUUUGUACCUUGAAAUUAUCUCCUUGAUAAAAAUUAUGGUAAUAAACAUAUGUGCCAUAUUUAUGCAA